UCUGUACCUCCACCAGGAAGUUGUUACAAAUACUAUUUCAUUCAUUCUGUAGUUUGUUGUGUAGUAUUACAACCCCUCGUUUCAAAAUGCGGAGAAGAACCGAAGCUCAAGCAUCAAACAAUGAACCAGCCAAUGCGGAUAGAAAGGAUCCGGAUCAAAGAUUGCACAGUCAAGCUGCAGCUGCAGGCUGGGGGUCUUACGGCUCUGUGCUCAUGAUCAUUGGAAAGUGUUUACUUUUCAUCAUAUUCAUACCUCCAUUCCUCAACUAUGCAUCACUACAGAGAGAAGGACAGAUGCUCUUGCCUAAAGAUGGUCAGAUUGUUGAUGUUGGUUUGGGUCAAAAGAUGCAUCUUUUGUGUAAAGGACAAGGACAACCAGUUGUCAUACUGGAGGCCCCAACAGGAAUGUCUUCAGACGUUUGGCUGCAUGUCCAGGAAAAUGUCGCCACACUUACAAUGGUCUGUACCUAUGACAGAAUGGGACUGGGCUUCAGCAAGCGGCUGAUGCAGAAUGAAACCACAGGAACUGAGAAAGUUUGGGGGAUGUCAACGACUGGACGGAUGGUGGAUGAUCUGCACCGACUCCUGCAGGCUGCUGGGAUAGCCAAGCCCUUCAUCCUGGUGGGCUCAGAGCUUGGCACUCUCAACGGCAGGUUUUACAGCCACAUUCAUGAUGUGCAAGUGUCAGACCUGGUGCUGAUUGAUCCUAUUCCAGAGGACAUCUUUGAGGACGAACAGUGGAAAGAGUACUGGUAUGGUAAGCUGCUGCCCUCACUCCAAACCAGGCAGUUUUCAGCAGCUACAGGGCUGAGCCGCAUGCUGAUCAUCCUCGGGGUGAUUGAACCGACUAUUAAUGGUGAAAAUGUCUCAGAGGAGGUCAUCCAGCGCCAGAAAUACCUACUCAGUAACCCUGCCCACCAAAGCAGUGCUGUGGAUGAACAUUACUUUAUGAAUGAAAGUGCAGCUCAAGUAAGGGAUAUCACCAAGUUUAAGCCCCUCUCCAGCAGGACGUCAGUGAGUGUGAUCACUGGCGAGUCCUUUGACGAGCAAAUUCCAGAACAUCUAAACCAGAUGGUAGCUAAGCUUCAAAAGAAGUUUCUGGAGGAGUCCUACCCAUCAGCCAAUCACAUUCACAUAAAAGGAGCAGACCGGCGAAUGAUCUACAAGAAGCCAUCUGCCAUCAGCCAGCACCUGAGGAAGCUAGUCAACCAACGACAAGGCACACAGCAGAGCGAGUGACCCAUGGCCAACAUGUAACAAUACCACAGACAUGGACAGGAUGGGUGAAACAUGACUGGGACUGCUCCAAAGAUGGUGAUGUAGUCAGCAGUGGUCAUACAUUGUUAUACAUCAUUUGUACGACAUAUAAUCAUGUAUAAUGUUAAAUAUUCUUUAAGAAACUAGCCUUCUGAGUAAUUUUUCGAAUUGGUGCAAAAUCCACAUAGAAGAGGUCUACUUUUCUUCUAGCUUAGCCUUAUUGGUAAUUAAAUGAUUUUUUUCUCUAUAUAAUUGUUAUCUGCCUUUCAAAUCCCAAACCUGUCAGACCCUAGAAAAAAAAUGUAUAUGCAUAAAUCAGAUUUUCAGAGAAAUGUAAGUUUGCUUUGGUUCUUUUAAUUAAUGUACAUGUGUAUCACAAUAUCUUGAUAUACAAUUUAAUCAUGAUAAAAUUCCAUUGAAAGAUAAUAAAUUAUAUUAAACUAUCACCAAGCCCU